AUCUAGUUUCCUAUACAUCAAAGGCAGCUCAUUCAUCUACAGAAAAAGGAGCAAAAAUGGCUUGUUUAAGACUGCGUAUUCUGGAUGUUGAUGAAAAAUGUUCCUUGCGGGGUGAUACAUUACAGCAGGCAAUAGAAAAAGAUCUGCAGCUUGGGCUUAUUCCGUGCUGUGUGGUAGCAACACUAGGUUCAACAGGUGAAGCAGCAUUUGAUAACUUGAAGGAAAUUGCUAUGGUCUGCAGAAAAUAUCCUCUGAUAUGGUUGCAUGUUGAUGCUGCUUAUGGAGGCAGUUCAUUUGUUUGUAGAGAAUUCAGAUACUUGCUAAGUGGAAUUGAAGAUGCUCAUUCAAUUAAUGUUAAUCCAAAUAAAUGGUUUCUUGUGAAUUUUGAUUGUAACUGUAUAUGGUUAAAAGACUAUCAGCAAUUUAUUGAAGCACUUUCUGUGAAUCCCCUUUACUUGGAACAUGAAUGGAUGGAUGGAACUGUUAAUUUCCAUGACUGGGGAACACCUCUCUCCCGUAGAUUCCGUGUACUGAAAUUGUGGUUUGUAAUGCGAUCCUAUGGAAUAAAAGGCUUGCAGCACUACAUUAGAAGGCAUUGCCAUUUAGCAUCAUUGUUUGAAUCACUUGUCAGAAAAGACAGUCGAUUUGAAGUAAUGAAUGAUGUAAAGAUGAGUCUAGUAUGCUUCCGACUUAUUAAACUGAAUGUUGAUGUAGCGCUAACAGAAGAUGAGAUGACAGAGCUCCUGUUAGCUUAUAUCAACAGUACAGGAGAACUCCAUAUGGUUCCUGCACAUAUACAUGAUUGCUUCUCAAUCCGAUUUUGUGUAGUCUAUGAGUAUGCAACAGAGGAGAUGAUACUUACUGCUUGGACAUUCAUACAAGACAGUACCACACAUCUGGAGAUGCAUAUUAAAAACCAGGAAGAUUAUCCAGGUGUAAGGAAAAUGGACUCUAAAGAACGUAAAACCCUGACAAACUUAGUGGGUAAAUAUGCCCAUACUAGGACUGUUCCACUGUCAGAUUACAGGCAGCAAGCAGAGCAGCCAUCACUCAGUGAUUGUCAUAUACCAGUUUUGGUGCCACUAAGUAAUGAAAACAUUGUGAAGAUGGUUGAUGUUGCUGGACUUAUAAAUGACAAACGUGAUAGUAUUGCACCGUGAAGUUUCUAAUGGCAGUAGUUCAGUGUCAAAAAAAUUUUAACCAAGUUUUGUGCCCCUUUCAAAUGUAACAUUGCAGUAAUUUUGAACUGUUACUGUAAAUCAUGCCACAAAAAUCCCGUAAAUAUAAACAUCAAAACAACCUGUGUUUCUUUUCUUUUUUGAAUAGAUUGAUUUAUCAAACAGAUCCAUGGUAAACUGUUAUCUUU